UUGAAAAAUGAUUCUACCAUUCAAAACAAAGAUUCUGAUAUCGAUACUGAUGAUCUUGAUUGGAAAAUUUCCUACAGCAAAUGCCUAUGAAGAUGGUUAUGAAGAAGAAGAAGAAGAAGAAGAAGAAGAAUCAGAUAAUAUUGUAAAAAUGAUCGAUAAAAAAAUAGAAGAUUAUCAAGAAUAUUUAUUUUUAGAACAAAAUGAAGAUUUACAAGUAGAAUUAGUUAAUCGUGAAGAAUGUAUUUGUUAUGUACCUGAACCAGGUAUUUAUAAUGGUUUGGAUUUGAAUCGUUAUCUUUUUCCAUAUCAUCCAUGUAAAUUAAAUCUAUAUAUUUGUGAUAAAAAACGUUUAUUACAAAAACCAUUAUUAUUUAUUGAUUGUUCUAAACAGAUUGGUUGUUAUUAUCAAGAAAAUUUAACCAAUUGUGAUUGUAGUAAACGACAAAAACUAUGGGGUUCCAAUGUUUGUGGUAAUAGAAUUUCAAAGAAAAAUUGUUUUAAAGAAUUACGUUAUAAAUGUCAUUUUAAUCAGAAUAAAGCCGAAUUGAUUGGAAUGUGUUAAUAAUUUUUUUGUUUU